GCUGCAGAAAGAAAGGAAAAACUCCAUUAAAAACCUCCAGCUUUCCUCCAUGUUAGAAAUGAAAUGGAAAAUGGAGUGGAUUUAGCAGGAAUCCCUGAUUCCUCUGGCCAAGCUGGAGAAGGGGAGAAGAGAACCAACACCUCAGACUGCUAAUAUUUUUAAAGUCGCAAUAAAUAUCAAGGGCUCUGUGACAAGAUGAGUGUUUCUUGACUCAAGCUCACAAGAAAGGGCAAUCCUUUUUUUUAAAUCGAUGUAUAAUUUAUUUACCUCAAUGCUUCUCUUUACUGAUUUGGGAAUUUUUAGAGGCGGCUGGAACAGCCUGGAAAUAUUAGUAUGAUUUCCUGAGGUUGAGAGCCUCCCAAACUCAGGAAGAGUCAGUACAAUCGCACUUCAUUUUUCCUUCAUGUGCACUUGGAAGUCCUGGGACCAGCAGCAGCACCAGCAAGAAUGAAUUGUAAGGAAGAAGAUGACAACAGCACCGACUGCGACAGCAAUAACGUGAAGAAGAUGUUGAAGUGCGUGGUGGUUGGGGAUGGUGCAGUUGGGAAAACCUGUCUGCUGAUGAGUUAUGCCAACGACGCUUUCCCGGAGGAGUAUGUGCCCACUGUAUUUGACCACUAUGCAGUGACUGUGACUGUCGGAGGCAAGCAGCACUUGCUGGGGCUAUAUGAUACUGCAGGGCAGGAGGACUACAAUCAGCUGAGACCCCUCUCCUAUCCCAACACGGAUGUGUUCUUGAUCUGUUUUUCUGUGGUGAACCCUGCCUCUUACCACAACGUCCAGGAAGAGUGGGUGCCUGAACUGAAAGUCAGCAUGCCGCAUGUGCCUUAUGUGCUCAUAGGAACACAGAUUGAUCUUCGUGAUGAUCCGAAAACUUUGGCUCGGCUACUUUAUAUGAAGGAGAAACCCCUCACUUACGAACAUGGAGUGAAACUGGCUAAAGAGAUUGGAGCACAGUGUUAUUUGGAAUGUUCAGCCCUGACACAGAAAGGCCUUAAAACAGUCUUCGAUGAAGCAAUCCUCACCAUUUUUCACCCUAAGAAAAAGAAGAAACGCUGUGUGACGUGCCACAGCUGCUGUACAGUUGUAUGAGAUCACUUGAAAAGCAAAGCAGGAUAAUGCUAUUGUUCAAUUAAACCCCCCAGGUUAGAGUAGCAAUGAGCGUCACACACAAACUGAAAUGGGGAACAUGACCAGAAAGGAGUCUUAUUAAACCAUAUAUGAUUCCUCCAUUCUGUGAAACCUCAGGCUGUAACAUGUUAGCCAGCUAAUGUCUAUUUGCUUUCCUAACCCUAUAGAGCUGUAUGCAGCCUGUUCCCACGCUAUGCUCGUGUGCACUGACCCAGUAUAAAACAGGAUGUCUGCUAAUGGCUGACUCUGAAUCAGGUUAGGGUGCUGAGUGGAAAACUUUAAAGACAUUGUAAAAACCACCAAGAAAAACUUCAUUUGUGGCCUUAAGGAAGAAUUGAUCAAAAGUAUAAAUUUAUAACACUUAAGACUUGAAUAUGAAUGGAUCAAAAGCACAGAGAAAUCAUUAGGAGUUUAAUAUGUAAUCAUAUAUGUUAUAUAUAGGAUAUACUUUCAAAUUACUUUUCUUUAUAAGAUACUCGCUAAUUUCAGGAUCUACUUCAGUUUGUUUAAAAUGACAUGAAAGCAAAGCAGUGACUCCAAUUCACAGUCAUUUAACUCAUGUUACAGCAUCAAGCCAUCAAAAUGGAUCAAUAUUUACAUCCAGAUUGAAGGAAUGUUCUUUUUACUACACAAAAUGACAAAUAUCUCUGUUUUCUACAGAAUGUGUCCAGGCUGGACCAGGAGGUUUUCAAAAGUUGGGUGAGGGAAAACAGUGUAAGUGAAAAACUGUAGCAUUAAUUUGCAGAAACAAAGUGAUCAUAUCACCAAAAAAUCUUGUGACAGACAUGAAAAACCAGGGAAGUGUUGCAUUGCCACGAGUAUUAUAAAUUAACUCUACAGAUUGGGUGCAUUUCCACAUCUCACCCAGAGGAUGAAAACAAAAACAAACAAGCCAAAGUCACAUUGAUGUGAAGUGCUUUAUAAUGAUCCAGUUGCCUUAUUUGAAAUAGUUUUUUUAGAAAUGAUCUUGUGUAAAGAUAUUAAUUGGAGCAGACCAAACAUGUCUAUUUACUGUAGUCCUCUCUCUGCUCUUCAUUGCUUUGUCUGUGUCUUCCAUGUUCGUUAUUGCAAUUAGCAGUUAAGGUAUAGUGUGGGUAUGCUACUCAGGAACUUUCUUUCAGACAAUAUGCAGGAUGAAGUGCUGCAGCAUGCAGUACGGAGACAGGAAGCCUGAACCUCAAAGAAAUGAAAGCUGACAAUAAGCACUCUUUGCUGUUGAAUAAAGUGUGCCUUUUUGCAAAGGCUUUUCCAGGAAGCCUGUUUUGCACAACACAGCAAGAUGCCGUUAUACCACAGAGUCUCGGAGGUGAACUAUGAGGGUAUCUUAUUACUUACAUCUGCCUAUGAGUGCCUUGGAAAUGCCCGUGUAGCUGUCUUGUUAUGGAUUUCAUUUCUGAUCAUACCUCUCCAAGGCAUACAAUUAUAAUGCCAGCAAAUCCAUGUUUCUAGACCUAUAAAGUAACUCCCUGAAAAAAGCAGCUGCCAGAGUCAGUGUUUCCAGACCUAGUAUGGAAUUGCACCUUCUCUCACCAGCAAAGUGCCAGCACAGGGAUUAAUUUACCCACCCAUGUCUUGGAACAACCAGCAUUCUCCUCUUUGGAUGUACUGUACAGUGCUUGAGUCUAUAGAGGGGCACCUAGAAAGCCUCUGCCAUUAACUGGAGAUUAGGGAUCCAAUCCUACAGUUCUUAUUCAGGCAAAACUCCCAUUGACUUCAGUGGGAUUUUGAGCAAGGACUGUAACAUUCGGCCCAAAGCAAGCAACAUCAUAGAUACAAGGCCCAAUCCCACCUUCGUUGCAAUCAAAGACAAAACUCCCAUUGACUUCCGUGAUGAUGACAGUAUCCUUUACUACACAGAUAUUUGUAGAAGGUUUUCCUAUAUGAGAUCGUUGUCAUUACAUUGUAAAAGCCUUGCUCUGUAUUCCAGCAGCACAGCGCCCAUUAAAAUCAGUGGCAAGUGCAUGGCUAGAAUGUACUGGCUGUAUCUUAAGGGUAAAUGAAGCAAUUUCUGUUUUAGUAAAUGCAACUCACUAGAAUUCAAGGAUCCACAAUCCUAUGGACACUAAUUUAUGCUUUGUCAUUGACUCUAAUAGGUGCAGGAUCAGAUGCCAAAACAUUUAUAUCAGUACAGGUCACCCAUUAUCUCCGAGACAUAAGGGAUAUUUAGCUAUGGUAAUUAGUAAGUAAGUGUCUUUUGCUAUGUUAUUGCUAAGGAUACGAUUCUGUCAUGGAGGUCACGGAUUCCAUGACUUUCUGGGACCUCCAGGACUUCUUCCAGGGCAGGGCUGGAGCAGCUGUCAGCCCCAGGGCCGCCAAAGCAGCAGCUCCAGGGCUGAAGCCCACUGGGGAUGAAGCUGCAGCUGUCAGCCCCUGCCACAGGAGCAGCAGUGGAAUUAGAGCAGCAGCCAGUGGUCAGCCCCGAAGGCUGCUGGAGCAGAUAGCUGGUGGUUGGCCUGAGGGUCACCAGAGCAGCAGUCUCCCAGCCAUCGGAAUAGCAGCUGGCCCCAGGGCCAUCAGAGCAGUGAUUCUCCAGGCCACCGGAGUAGCAAUCCCUGGGCUGCUGGAGCAGCUGGCCAGCAGGUGCCCUAGCGCCACCCAAGCAGUGGCCGGGCUUGGAUGAGCCCUUCUGAGAAUGGAGCAGCAGAGGGUUGAGCCCCCAGUAGUACUAGCUGUUAGUCCCCCAUCCUGCCCCCGCAGGGUAUUUUUUGUAAAAAUCAGAGAC